AUGAUUGACGACCAUCAUCAAAAAGCUGCACUAGGUAUCAUAGUCGCGUUCACGAUUCUCGGUGGCAUUGCAGUUCUACUUCGGCUCUGGAGCCGAUGGCUAUCACGAUCGGCACUCACAAGUGAUGACUAUUUGAUUGUCGUGGGAUAUAUCCUCGCCAUCUCCCAAUCUAUUACGUCGUGGUACUUUAUUAAAACCAACUAUGUUGGCAUCCACGUCUGGGACAUUCCCAAAAACUACAAUCCCAGACCUGGGCUGAACUGGAAUUUCGCAAAUCAGCUCCUCUACAAUCCAGCAUUGACCGUGGUGAAACUCUCGAUAUUGGUAUUCCUGCGCCGACUCGACUCACGCUCACGGGUGGUCAAAUACCUCAUCUGGAGCUCCUUCAUCGUGGUAAUCAGCCUUUUCAUCGCGAUCCUCUUCGUCGACAUUUUCCAAUGCCGCCCAGUGCAAUACGUCUACGACAUGUCGAUUCCGGGCGGGAAAUGCAUCAACCAAGGCGCAUUCUUUGUGUCGACCGCAGCGAUAAACCUCUUUACCGAUAUAAUGGUCCUCUCAAUCCCGAUAAUAAUCACCGCGCGACUUCAAAUGCCCCUCCGACGCAAGGUCGCUGUGUGUAUCAUCCUAUGCCUGGGUGGGGUAGCGACCGCCAUCGGAGUCUGGCGCAUCAUCAUCCUCGCCCAGGGAUUCCUCUCCCACACCCCAAAUCCAGAUGCAUCGUAUGGAAUCGGAUUCUGCAGCUCCGCAAUCGAAGUCAACGUCGCCGUGGUAACAGCCUGCGGCCCGUCUCUGAAAGCCAUCAGCAGCAGAUUCCUCCCCAGACUGCUAGACAGUUCGCGCGGGAAAUCCACCUACGGCGCCGGCACCGGCUCCGGAACCGGCUGCACUCCACCCGCGGCGCGGAUUACGAGAUGGCGGACCCGCUCUGGGGGACCGCGUGUUGAUAUUGUUGGCGACUUUGAAGUGCGUAAGUAUAAGCGUGGGCAUAGUUCUAGUUUAAGUAGUGGUGAUGACAAGGGGAUUAUGAAGAUGACUGAUAUCUCGGUCGGGUAUAGUAUGGAGCCUAGGGUGGGAGACGGUCGGUCGCAAGAAGGCAGACCGGCCAGUGUUGAUAGCAUGAUUUAA